CGGCCGAAAGAGAGAAAGGCUCGACUUUUUGUUUUUGUUUUGGGUUCAUCGUGGCGAAUUAUUCCGCGAAUUUAUGGCUUCGUUCGAAAACCCUAAUUGGCUAUUGGAAUGCCCUCUGAUCGACGAGUUGCCGGUCUCGGCCGGAGAUUUCUACUGGGAUUCUCAGGGAUUCAAUAGUUCCUCCAAUGCCAGUGUGGAAAUUGAUAGCUCAUUUGUGGACUCUGAUGGUCUCAAAGAAUCAGGCUCUCGAAAACGCACAAGGGCAAUAACCAGCAAUGAACCUGGAUCCAAAGCUUGUAGGGAGAAAAUGAGAAGAGAUAGAUUGAAUGACAAGUUUCUGGAGUUGAGUUCCAUUUUGGAGCCUGGGAAGAAGCCUAAAAUGGACAAAGCAGCUAUUCUGAGUGAUGCUGCUCGCACGGUGAUUGAGCUGCGUAGCGAAGCACAGAAGCUGAAAGAUUCAAAUGACAACCUUCAAGAGAAAAUCAAAGAAUUAAAGGCGGAGAAGAAUGAGCUUCGUGAUGAGAAGCAAAAGCUGAAGGCAGAGAAGGAGAACCUCGAGCAACAAAUCAAGUUCAUGAACUCUCGUCCAAGCUUCUUGCCUCCUCCAUCUGUGAUCCCCGCCGCCUUUGCUGCCCAACCUAAGGGGGCAUCAUCUCCUGCCACCAGCCACAAGCUUAUGAUGCCAGUCAUCGGCUACCCAGGAUUCCCAAUGUGGCAGUUUAUGCCUCCUACGGAUGUCGAUACCUCUCAAGAUGCUGAAUCUUGCCCUCCUGCUGCUUGAUCGCCAAUUUAGCCAUUUUGGGUAGACCUCAUUGGAGAAUAACUGUACCUAACUUUGGAACGUUGUUUACUUUGCUUGCCAUUUGUUCUCUUUUUAGUGAAUGUUACAGACCUUGUUUAGAAUGUAUUAUAAUGUUUUUUGUUUCUCAUCUAAGCUGCUGAUGUUGGAGAUUUCAAACAUUUUUCUUGCAGGCUUUCA